AAAUUCAAAAUCCUCCCCGACACGUGAAAGAGAUCCGUCGUGAACAAAGGAAAAUUGAAUUCGGAAGAAGGAAGGAAUUUAACGGAACUGAAGGAGGUGAGGCAUUAGCUUAGGUUGUUCGGGUGGGUGGUUGAUGUGUGCAUGUUGUGUGAUGUGUAGGAACUCCAAGUGUGCCGUCGCCCUGUCGAAUUUGUCCUCUCGUCGUUCCAUUGUUUUUGCUCCCUUUGCCUCCAAUGUUGAUCAUGUCGAGUCUUUCCAUGGUCGCAGGCAACAAUGUGUAUCCUCCAAUCGCGAGCGCAGGUUGUGUGGUAGAGCAAGGUAUAGAGGUGAAGAUGAAAACCAACCUUGUAGAAACCGAUGUCCGAAGCCUUCUCACGGAAGCACUGACGGCAGAUGUUCAUCUAUAAUGCAUCCUCGAUCAGUUCACCGGUCCCAUGUACUCGAAUUGUAUCCAAAGGAGAGUAUAUCAGGUGUUCCAUACCCCGUACUUGCGGAUGAGACCGGCGCGGUGGGAGCAGACACGGCUGUAUUUCAAUCGAGCAUAAAUCAGUCAUUUGUCCAUGGUGUGUUCCUCCAUUCGGCGUUCCAAGUCAUCGCAUAAUUCUCCUUCUCUUUUGACCGUUUCUCUUCGCAUUUUCCAGAUUUCAAGGGGGUUGAACACACCAUCCACGGGAGCCCUUGCCGAACCUUUACUGGCGGGGACGGCUGUACCAAACAG